CAUGAAGAGAAACCUAUCCAUAAAGCAAGAGUUCAAGACGUGGAUAAUUACGAUCACACAGAAACACAAAGAUGAGCAAUAUUGCUCGAAGAUGGAGACUCCUAAGUGGGCAAAAUCAUUGGGAGGGUCUUCUAAAACCUCUUGACAUCGAUCUGCGAAGGUACUUAAUUCACUAUGGAGAAAGGACACAAGCCACGUACGAUACUUUCAUCUCAGAAAAAGCUUCCAAGUUUGCAGGAGCAAGCAAGUAUGCAAAGCAGAACUUAUUUGCAGGGGUGGGUUUGGAGAAUGGGAAUCCCUUCAUGUACAGUGUGGCCAAGUAUCUGUAUGCAACAUCACAAAUCGAAGUUCCUGAAGCUUUUGUGAUAAAACCAUCGCGAAAGGAUGCUUGGUGCAAGGAAUCAAACUGGAUAGGGUAUGUUGCUGUUGCGACAGAUGAAGGCAAGGCUGUGCUAGGAAGGAGGGAUAUUGUGAUUUCUUGGAGAGGAACAUUAAGAACGUUAGAGUGGAUUAACGAUUUUCAAUUCCUGUUGGUGCCUGCUCCUAUACUGUUUGGUGGUAAGGGUUUGGGUGAUCCUAAAGUGCAUCAAGGUUGGUACUCCAUGUACACUUCAAGUGAUCUUCAAUCUCGAUUCAAUACAACCAGUGCAAGAGACCAGGUCCUAAGUGAGAUAAGAAGGCUAUUAGAUUUAUACAAGGAUGAAGAAAUCAGCAUAACUGUAGUGGGACACAGUUUAGGGGCUGCACUCGCAACCCUAAACGCAGUGGACAUAGCUCGAAAUGGCUACAACAAGCCAACAAACGCACCAGAAAGAGCAUGUCCUGUGACAGCAUUUCUAUUCGGGUGCCCUCGAGUUGGAGAAUUCAUCUUCAAGAAGGUCUUCAAUGAGUUGAAAGAUCUGAGAGCCUUAAGAGUAGAGAAUAUUCUUGAUAUUGUUCCGAAGUACCCCCUUUUGCCCUAUUUAGAAGUGGGUGAAGAACUGAAGAUGAACACUCAGAAAUCUCCAUACUUGAAGAGUCCAGGGACAGUCAAUACUUGGCAUAACUUGGAGUGUUACCUUCAUGGCAUCGCAGGAACACAAGGACUCGAUGGAGGGUUUAAAUUACUGGUGAAUCGUGAUAUUGCACUAGCGAACAAGCGUUAUGAUGCUUUGAAAGAUGAGAAUCAUGUUCCUGCGUCUUGGUGGAUUCAGAAAAAUAAGGGAAUGGUUCAACAAGAUGGAUCGUGGGAGCUGAUGGAUCAUGAAGAUGGUGCCUUUUGACUCGUCAACGUUAUAUAAAAAUACAUAAAAAAAGCGUCGUUUCGUGUUCAAAAUUGUUAUGAAUUAUGAUUCUGAGUGUUCUAAUAAAAUAUCGACAAUGCAUGUCAUUUUAAUUUCUGUAAUAGUGGAGGAAUCCAUUUACAUUGUAACCCAAAAUGAUUCGGUAAGUUGGAAUAACAUAUCUACUAGGAUAUUGCAUAA